CCAGACGAGGAAGGUAUAGGCGGCACAACGGAAGUAUAUAUAUCGACGCUCUGGGCACCGGGGCCCCGAAGAUUUGCACUAUUCAACAACACAUUAAAUCACGACGGGUGCCCUUGCAUUCGUUCAACUCUCACAAUGCCAGGCCGCAUACUCGAAGAAUCCACGUUCCAGCACAGACAAGUGCCUGGACCCGUGUCCAAAACGACUGUCGAGAAGCUGAAUCCAGUGUGGGAUUCUCGGGCAGUAUAUUUUGUGGUUGACUAUGCGAAAAGCCACGACAGUUUCCUGGUGGACGUCGACGGCAAUGAGUUCCUCGAUGUGUACUCUCAGAUCGCGUCCAUCCCCGUUGGCUACAACAAUGCGAGAUUGAUCGAAACCGCAAAGUCCCCCGAGAUGGUAAAUGCGCUCGUCAAUCGCCCGGCUGUCGGAAACUUCCCCGCUCAAGGUUGGCUUGCACAGCUCAAGGACGGCCUCCUUCGUGUUGCACCAAAAGGCCAUAAUAAGGUCUUCACGGCUCAAUCCGGAUCCGAGGCAAAUGAACUUGCGUACAAAGCUGCGUUCAUGCGAUACAUGCGCCGACAGCGAGGAGAAGGCGUCGAAUGGUCCCAACAAGAAAUCGAGUCUUGCAUGAACAACUCCGCACCUGGAUCGCCUGAUCUGGCCAUUCUUAGCUUCAAAAACUCUUUCCAUGGCAGAGGCUUUGGCAGUCUGUCCACCACUCGAUCAAAAGCCGUUCAUAAACUAGAUAUUCCUGCCUUCAAUUGGCCUCAAGCACCGUUCCCGGCGCUGAAGUAUCCUCUCGAGGAAAAUGUUGAGGCAAACAAGGCCGAAGAGGAAGCCUGUCUCAAAAAAGUCGAAGAGCUUAUUGCCUCCUGGCACUGCCCGGUCGCAGCAGUCAUAGUAGAGCCAAUCCAGAGCGAAGGUGGUGACAACCAUGCCUCCCCGGCUUUCUUCCAGGGACUUCGUGAUAUCACCAAGAGACAUGACAUUAUGCUCAUCGCUGAUGAGGUGCAAACUGGUUUCGGAGCCACAGGCCGAUUUUGGGCUCAUGAGCACUGGCAACUCAGUAGCCCCCCAGACAUGGUGACAUUUUCGAAAAAGGCUCAAACCGCCGGCUACUUCUUUGGUGACGAUAGCCUAACUCCAGAUAAAGCGUACAGACAGUUCAACACCUGGAUUGGCGAUCCUGCACGUGUCUUGAUGUGCAAUGCGGUCAUAAGCGAGAUAAUCGACAGAAAUCUUGUCGAGCAAACUGCCAAGGUCGGCGAAAAACUUUACACCGAGCUCGCAGAACUUGCAAAGAGAUUUCCAGACGAUAUCCAGAAUUUGCGUGGUAAGGGCCAAGGAACUUAUAUAGCGUUCGAUACAAGGAACGCCGCCACACUAGUUGGGGCAAUGAGAAGCCUUGGAGUCAAUAUCGGUACUUGUGGAGUCAGGACAGUCCGCCUGAGGCCUAUGCUCAUCUUCGAGGAGGACCAGAUACCUCGAUUAGUACAGACGCUUGAGCGGGCACUCAAGUAGGUUCUCUAUGGCGACCAACAGAAGGACUGGCAGGAGCCGAAGAGCUCGUCAUGAUGUGUCGAAUUCAUGCGUCCGGGAGAGGUUCAUUAACUCGCAUUUAAUCCCAAGGGGAUAACCACAGCACGUAGGUUUCUGAAUUAGUGGUAUCGAGAUGCAAAUAUCAACUUGAAAGUUCCAUCGAGGCUUCCAUGCUUUUCGGUCUCAUGGCACAUUGCUGAUUUGAGCAUAGAAUUUUUUUCGAAGCUUGAAAAUGUCUUUGGGUCGGAUGCAGGUUGAUUAACGCAAAUGUCGGUGUUUGAGGGACGCUGUUUAUUCGGUCUGGAAAGGAAACUCAUAGUCAGGAAUUGCUAAAAAGUUCUCCAGCAACUGGCUCUCUGGGUGAACGAAGCCAUCGGACGUGGGAGCAAAGUUUUCCAUCGCGAAGAAUGCGGACCCUGCGGCUGAUUGCAAAGUGUUCAGCCCAUUGAAUUCAGCAUCAUUGUUACUACUGAAAGGGUGGCUUGCGUCCCAGAGAUCAUUGCUGAUGUGGGCCAAGCGUGAAUUUGGCAGCAUUGCAUCGGCGAACGGCGAAUUACUCCCACGACCCUGACGAUGGUGAUUCUGCACAGCUGGAUCGUUUGUGGAGAAAUCUGGAUUAUCCUUCGAGGUUGAAGCUCUUGUCCAUUGUCUGAAGUUCUCGUAUCCAGAAAUAGGAUUCAAUGGCUCCCGAUGCUUGUUGGGGUUUGCCUUCUCCCGAAAGAAGUGUAGUCGU